CGUCGAUCACACGCACGGCAUCUUCUUGUCUUCUCUGUCUGUUGUCCUGCCGCUCCGUCGCCGCCGAACCCGCCGCCAGCCUCCCCAGAUUCCGCCGAUGGAGGGCUGGGACAAGGGGACGAAGAGCGUGGUGGGCGAGAUCCCGCUGCUGUCCACGCGCGCGGGGCCCCGGGACGGCGAGGCGUGGCGGCAGCGGCUCAAGGAGGAGUACCGCGCGCUGAUCGCCUACACGUCGGUGAACAAGUCCAAGGACAACGACUGGUUCCGCAUCUCCGCCGCCAACUCGGAGGGCACCCGCUGGGAGGGCACCUGCUGGUACGUCCACAACCUCCGCCGCUACGAGUUCCCCCUCCAGUUCGACAUCCCCGUCGCCUACCCCCAGGUCGCCCCCGAGAUCGAGCUCCCCACCCUCGACGGCAAGACCCACAAGAUGUAUCGGGGAGGGAAGAUCUGCCUCACCGUGCACUUCAAGCCGCUGUGGGCCAAGAACUGCCCAAGGUUCGGGAUCGCGCACGCGCUGUGCCUCGGCCUCGCGCCGUGGCUCGCGGCGGAGGUGCCGAUCCUGGUCGACUCGGGCAUGGUGAAGCACAAGGACGAUGAGGCGGCUCCUGCCGAGGCGUCUGGGUCUGGCUCUGCUGCUGCUUCUUAGUUGCGAACUUGCAAUGCAAGAGAGUAUGGCCGAUGUCCUCCGGUGGUGGAGCUAAAGGGAUUGGAAUCCACUCUCUGGCGAACGAAUAAGAGCAAUACUUACAUAUCUAAACAUCAUGUAAAACAUGUUCCAUACCUGCUGAUUGCUGACUAUGAUUCGGUGCGCGUCGUUGUGCUA